CGCCAAAGGCGUCCUAACGCAAAAACUGGGACCUUGGCGUCGGCCGGUGGCCUACCUGUCCAAAAAGCUAGACCCAGUGGCAGCUGGGUGGCCCCCUUGCCUACGGAUGGUAGCAGCCAUUGCCGUUCUGACAAAGGAUGCAGGCAAGCUAACUAUGGGACAGCCGCUAGUCAUUCUGGCCCCCCAUGCGGUAGAAGCACUGGUCAAACAACCCCCUGACCGCUGGCUAUCCAAUGCUCGCAUGACCCACUAUCAGGCAAUGCUCCUAGAUACGGACCGAGUUCAGUUCGGACCGGUGGUAGCCUUAAACCCGGCCACGUUGCUCCCCUUGCCGGGAAAAGAGACCCCCCACGACUGCCUCGAGAUCUUGGCUGAGACACACGGCACCAGACCGGACCUCACGGACCAGCCCCUCCCAAAUGCCGACCACACCUGGUAUACAGAUGGAAGCAGCUUCCUGCAGGAGGGGCAACGUAAGGCUGGAGCAGCGGUGACCACCGAGACCGAGGUAAUCUGGGCCAAGGCGUUGCCAGCCGGGACAUCCGCCCAGCGAGCUGAACUAAUAGCACUCACCCAGGCCCUAAAGAUGGCAGAAGCUCACUUACAGGCCCUCCAAGCAGUACAACGAGAGGUCUGGAAGCCUCUGGCCGCUGCCUAUCAGGACCAACAAGACCAGCCUGUGAUACCACACCCCUUCCGUGUCGGCGACACCGUGUGGGUACGCCGGCACCAGACUAAGAACUUGGAACCUCGCUGGAAAGGACCCUACACCGUCCUGCUGACCACCCCCACCGCUCUCAAAGUAGACGGCAUCGCUGCGUGGAUCCACGCCGCUCACGUAAAAGCGGCGACAACCCCUCCGGCCGGAACAGCAUCAGGACCGACAUGGAAGGUCCAGCGUUCUCAAAACCCCUUAAAGAUAAGAUUAACCCGUGGGCCCCCCUGAUAGUCCUGGGGAUCUUAAUAAGGGCAGGAGUAUCAGUACCACAUGACAGCCCUCAUCAGGUCUUCAAUGUUACUUGGAGAGUUACCAACUUAAUGACAGGACAAACAGCUAAUGCUACCUCCCUCCUGGGGACAAUGACCGAUGCCUUUCCCAAACUGUACUUUGACUUGUGCGAUUUAAUAGGGGACGACUGGGAUGAGACUGGACUCGGGUGUCGCACUCCCGGGGGAAGAAAAAGGGCAAGAACAUUUGACUUCUAUGUUUGCCCCGGGCAUACUGUACCAACAGGGUGUGGAGGCCCGAGAGAGGGCUACUGUGGCAAAUGGGGCUGUGAGACCACUGGACAGGCAUACUGGAAGCCAUCAUCAUCAUGGGACCUAAUUUCCCUUAAGCGAGGAAACACCCCUCGGAAUCAGGGCCCCUGUUAUGAUUCCUCAGCGGUCUCCAGUGGCAUCCAGGGUGCCACACCGGGGGGUCGAUGCAAUCCCCUAGUCCUAGAAUUCACUGACGCGGGUAAAAAGGCCAGCUGGGAUGGCCCCAAAGUAUGGGGACUAAGACUGUACCGAUCCACAGGAACCGACCCGGUGACCCGGUUCUCUUUGACCCGCCAGGUCCUCAAUAUAGGGCCCCGCAUCCCCAUUGGGCCUAAUCCCGUGAUCACUGACCAGUUACCCCCCUCCCGACCCGUGCAGAUCAUGCUCCCCAGGCCUCCUCAGCCUUCCCCUACAGGCGCAGCCUCUAUACAACCUGGGACGGGAGACAGACUGCUGAACCUGGUAGAUGGAGCCUACCAAGCACUCAACCUCACCAGUCCUGACAAAACCCAAGAGUGCUGGUUGUGUCUGGUAUCGGGACCCCCCUAUUACGAAGGGGUUGCCGUCCUAGGUACCUACUCCAACCAUACCUCUGCCCCAGCUAACUGCUCCGUGGCCUCCCAACACAAGCUGACCCUGUCCGAAGUAACCGGACAGGGACUCUGCGUAGGAGCAGUUCCCAAAACCCAUCAGGCCCUGUGUAAUACCACCCAGAAUACAAGCGACGGGUCCUACUAUCUGGCUGCUCCCGCCGGGACCAUUUGGGCUUGCAACACCGGGCUCACUCCCUGCCUAUCUACUACUGUACUCAACCUCACCACCGAUUACUGUGUCCUGGUUGAGCUCUGGCCAAAGGUGACCUACCACUCCCCUGGUUAUGUUUAUGGCCAGUUUGAAAGAAAAACCAAAUAUAAAAGAGAGCCGGUGUCAUUAACUCUGGCCCUGCUGUUGGGAGGACUUACUAUGGGCGGCAUAGCUGCAGGAGUAGGAACAGGGACUACAGCCCUAGUGGCCACCAAGCAAUUCGAGCAGCUCCAGGCAGCCAUACAUACAGACCUUGGGGCCUUAGAAAAAUCAGUCAGUGCCCUAGAAAAGUCUCUGACCUCGUUGUCUGAGGUGGUCCUACAGAACCGGAGAGGAUUAGAUCUACUGUUCCUAAAAGAAGGAGGAUUAUGUGCUGCCCUAAAAGAAGAAUGCUGUUUCUACGCGGACCACACUGGCGUAGUGAGAGAUAGCAUGGCAAAGCUAAGAGAAAGGUUAAACCAGAGACAAAAAUUGUUCGAAUCAGGACAAGGGUGGUUUGAGGGACUGUUUAACAGGUCCCCAUGGUUCACGACCUUGAUAUCCACCAUUAUGGGCCCCUUGAUAAUACUCUUAUUAAUCCUACUCUUCGGACCCUGUAUUCUCAACCGCUUGGUCCAGUUUGUAAAAGACAGAAUUUCGGUGGUGCAGGCCCUGGUUCUGACCCAACAGUAUCACCAACUCAAAUCAAUAGGUCCAGAAAAAGUGGAAUCACGUGAAUAAAAGAUUUUAUUCAGUUUCCAGAAAGAGGGGGGAAUAAAAGACCCCACCAUAAGGCUUAGCAAGCUAG